GCGACUACUACACCUGGAGGGCUGUGGUCCUUGGGAACAUCGUCAUCUUCAUCGACUAGCGAGACUACAGCAACACUGCGUCCUUGGAGUGUGGCACAACCAACGAGCCUCCUCGGAGCAGCAACACUGCGGAGUGCCGCAAAACUGCCUCUUUCGUCUGGAACGUCCUCAUCAACUAUGGAUAGGAUCAUGGAUAGGAUGUACUAGCUCAUUCUGAUAUUGAUGAUUUCUUCGAGUUUCUGACGUUGAUAAAGUGCGCUAGUUUCUGAUCAUGGUGAUGAAGUGUGCUCAUUUCUGAUGGUGAUAAAUGGCACUAGUUUCUGAUGGUGAUAAAAGGCACUUUUAGUUUCUCCUGAUGGUGAUAAAAUGCACUAGUUUCUUAUGCUGGUGAUAACUUUCCUCUAAGUCGGCAGCUUCGAAAGCGGCAAGGGAAACAAACAAGGCGGGCACGGGACCUCCGGAGAAGGUGCAUCCCUUUGUUCUAG